CCCCACAUGUUUUGUAAGGAGAGGCUGGUAGAUUCAAAAAGCCAAUUUUUUGGCUAUCAGCCAAGCUCUUAACCACUGCUCCACCAGGAACCCCAUCUAUGUGCAUGUAUAUGUGUGUGUGUAAGUAUUGUGUAUAUGUGCAUGUAUAUGUAUCUGUACAUUUGCCUCUACAUGUGCAUGUACAUCUAGACCUACAUCUUUACCUCUGUCUAUUUCUACCUCUGUAUCAGGGUUUCUCAUCUUCCGCCUUAGUGACAUUUUAGACUGGAAAUUUUGUCAUUGUGGGGAGUUACUCUGUAUAUAGUACAAUGUUUAGUAACAUCCCAGGCUUCCAUUAGAUACCAGUAGUGCCCUUCUCCUAGUUGUGACAUCCAAAACGUCUCAGGCAUUCACAAGUGUUCUUUGGGAAGCAAAUUUUCCCCAACUGAUAACAAGAUAGAUUUUUCUCUCUUUCCCUCUAUGCUUUUCUCAGUCUUCAUGUACCUAUGUUUUAUUUGUGGGAGGUGGGUUUAAUUUCAAAUAACUAUAUUGGGUAAUUUGGAUUUAUCUUAAUCAUUUAGCAUAUUACCUUAGUAUGCUGAAAACCUACCAGAUAUGCUACAUAAAACUUGUUCACUAUGCUGAUGUCUCUAUCCACAAUAGUUUUCCUGAUAGACCUAGAUGGGCAAACACAAUCUAACAGCUCUUAAUGAAUUUGUUCUGAUGGGAAUCACAGACCACCCAGAGCUGCAGGCUCCAUUGUUCGGGCUGUUCCUCAUCAUCUACAUGAUCUCAGUGGUGGGCAACUUGGGCAUCAUCAUCCUCACUAAGAUGGACUCCAGGCUACAAACUCCCAUGUACUUUUUUCUCAGACACCUGGCUAUCACUGAUCUUGGUUACUCAACAACUGUGGGACCAAAAAUGCUAGCAAAUUUUGUUGUAGAUGAAAAUACAAUCUCCUAUUACUUUUGUGCUACACAAUUAGCAUUCUUUAUUUUGUUCAUAAAUGUUGAGCUUUUCAUUCUGUCAGCAAUGUCCUACGACCGAUAUGUGGCCAUCUGUAACCCUCUGCUCUACAUAGUCACCAUGUCACAAAGGGUGUGUUCAGUGCUGGUGGCAAUCCUCUAUCUUUAUUGUGCAUUUGUUUCUCUUCUCUUCACCAUAAAGAUUUUUAAUUUAUCCUUCUGUGGCUACAAUGUCAUCAGGCAUUUCUAUUGCGACCCAAAUGCUUUGUUAUCUUUGCUCUGCUCAAACACACAUGAACUUCAAUUGAUCAUUCUCAUCUUAGCAUCUAUUGAUGUGAUUACAUCCCUUUUCAUAGUGCUUAUUUCCUACCUGCUUGUUUUUGUAGCCAUUUUCAGGAUGAACUCAGCUGUGGGCAGGCACAAGGCCUUCUCCACCUGUGGAUCCCACCUGACGGCAGUGAUAGUGUUCUAUGGGACUUUAAUCUUUAUGUACAUGCAGCCCAAGUCCAGUCAUUCCUUUGAUGGUGAUAAAGUAGCUUCCAUAUUUUAUACCCUGGUUAUCCCCAUGUUGAAUCCCUUGAUUUAUAGCUUGAGGAACAAAGACGUAAAAUAUGCCCUACAUAAGACACGGAAAAAAAUAUGGAACAUCUUUUCUAAAGUUUGAUGAGUCAUAUGGUUCCUAUAAAUUACAUGAUGGGCUUCAAACCUUGUCUGUUUGCCUCCUUAGGGUAUAAACUACAGAAUAUAGAGAGCGCAAAUAUA